CGGACUGAACUUACGAUGUUAGAUUCUUUAAUUCCAGAACUAUCACUUUCCUAUCUCUUUUCAGAAUUGUCAGCACCUCUGGAGGUUCUGGUAGAGAAAACGACAUCUACAUCAAUCCACCUCUCAUGGAAGCCUCCACCAAUUCCUAAAGGUCCAAAUCUCAAACUCUUCACCUAUUCACUCACACUCACGCCUCUCACACAAACUGGACAUGGUUUGGAAAAGGAAUUCUCUUUGCCCCCAUCCAUUACAACUAAACAAGUGAAUGGAUUGAGUGAGAGCACUCACUAUGUGGUUCUCCUGUCUGCCAUCUACGGUGAUCACACUCAGAAAUUGAGUCAUGACAAACUGGUAACUGUAUCCGCCCCUAAAUUCACCGUCUACAUACCUCCAGAAGUACAACAGGACUUACCAGUAGGAGAUGAUGGCAUACCUGUAGGAGAACCAGGUAAGUAUACCUCUUCACUUAUAGACCGCAGCAUUGCAGACGGAACACUACCGCUUAUUGCUGUUGUGGUAACUUUGGGGGUCCUCCUACUAGUCGCAGCUAUGGCAACUUGCUACAGGUACUGGGAUUAUAGAAGGCACCAACCAAGGAUACCAUUCUGGAGCAUUGAACUGCAGGAUGAAAAAACAGAUCUCCAUUCGCACUGCCAAUACCAGCAUCUAGAUGCCGCCACCAACAAAGCAGUUACGGUAAACGAACCCGUUACUGUUCCUUCAAACAAUGGCGAAGUGGGAAGACUCAACAGUGAUUCUAUUAGAAGGACAUAUAAUACCAUGAACGUAUGAAUGGCGCGUCACAGACAGUGUGUGCGGCAAGAAUCACAGACGUGAUUGUAUCUCACGUACCCUCGGUUUACCCCUCUGGCAUUUCUGGUAUGCCUGUUUGGCGUAUUUUGAUGACAUGCGACACAAUCAAAUAUUUGAUAAUGCCGCACAAACGCCGUCCAUAUGAUUGCGGCGACAAAUAAUCAGUGAGAACGCGGCCAAAGAAAUCCUUCGUACUUUUCCAUAUUGAAAACAUGGAUGGAUGGAUAAUUCCUUGUUAUACUACGCUUUUGUAAGUGCUUGCCAUUGUAAAGAACUUCUUAGAAAAGGAUUAUUAUCUGUUUUUCAGUUUGCCUCAGGUGAGAGGCUUCAUUAAUUUAUUUGAUUAACAAUAUAGCUUCAAAACUGAAUUAUGUUUUGAUUCGACUGUAAGAUUGCAGACAAAUGUU